CAACAACCGACCCGACAGGUGGUGAAAAUUCCGCUAACGAGAGAAAUGGCUAAUAUUUCGUCUUUUUGCAUGAUAGUUUAGCGGAGAAAUACGAGGCUUUAGUCGUGUGAAGCUAUUAGAUGACUGUUUUCCCACAGUUCCCUGCAUGCACUGCUCCGACCUGCUCCUGGCUCCUGUUCCCUCCAGAUGAAGCUCAGGGUGAAUCAGAGGCAGGAUUCGCGGAGGACCUGUCGUGUCUCUGUUUGCUGGACUCCUUUGCACUGUGUUGGGCUCCAGUAGCCCCCUCAUGCCUGUGAUUCCCAUCCCUCGACGCGUGCGCAGCUUCCAUGGCCCUCACACGACCUGCAUGCACUCGGCCUGUGGGUCUGCACACUCCGCCCAGCUGGUGCGCACCAAGUACAAUAACUUUGACCUCUACCUGCGCUCCCGGUGCAUGUACAGCUUCCUCCGUUUUCUGCUGUAUUUUGGAUGCAGCCUGCUAACCUCUCUGCUCUGGGUGGCGCUCUCCACCCUGUUUUUCAUGCAGUACGUCAGUGUCCGUGUCCUCCUGCGGCUACAGUACAAACUAUCCGUGAUUCUUCUGUUACUGGGACACAGGAGGUUGGAUUUUGGGGUGCUUAACGACCUUAUCAUCUACAGCAUGCAAAUUACCAUGUUUCUAGUGGGUGGACUUGGCUGGUGCUUCAUGGUUUUUGUCGAUAUGUAGCUGUUUUUACUCUUGCUUAAAAAACGUGUGAUGUGAGCGUUUACUACAUAGUUGCCUUUUUGUAAAAAAUAGAAAUGGUGGAAGUUUCACUUUACCACAUUUUAGUUUUGGUUCAUUUGUUGCCUUCUGUUGCACCAUAAUCUGUAAACUGCACAUUCACAGAUAUACUAACAUUUAGGAUUGUGUAUUUUUUAUUUUAAUUUACUCAAAUGAGAAAAUCCUUAUCAUGUUCGAGUGUGUAUGUAUAAUGUUUGUGUAAAGCCCACGGCAUUUUGGUUAUAUACGGUUAGACGUUUUCCUUUUAUUAAUAAGACUAUAAAUGACAUCCAUCAUCUGUUCAUAAAUGACUGUAUCAGACUCACUAUAAAAUGAUAAAAAUCAAAUUAAUUACACUGUGAAUGUGUUUGUCUUUGGCUUGAUACUUGAAACUGUUGUGCCAAAAAUGUCUUGAGUUUGCCUUAUUCUGUAAUUGUAUUAAAUUGUAUGACUGUAAAUGUCAGAAUCAAAAUAACAGAAAUAACAAUCUUUAAUUUACUAGCAGUCUUGGUGGUGGAUCACGUUAAGCAUGUAUGUA